AUGAAGCAAGUUAAAUUCGUCCCACACCAAUCUCAAUGGACCGAUGAAGAGUUUCAAGCUAUGGUUGAAGGCGUUGAGAACGACAUAGACGGCGAACUUGAAGGAGCUCAAACCACAAUUGCAACCAAAAUUGCACAAGUCAAAGAAGAGAUAGCUCCACUUAAAGCUACCAAAGCUACUCUUGACCUCAUGGAUACUUACCGUUUAGAUGUCAAGAGAGGAAUAAGACAAUUAAAAUUAAAACUCUUAAAUUACGAAGCUAUACUCCAGAAGUUAGCAGAGAUGAGAAGACUUUACCAGAGCUACUUACAUGUAAGGGACUUACCUUCAAGCAGUCCGACCAAAGAUGAAUUUUCUGACAUUGUCCCAAUUUUGUCCGAAAGUCAGCUCAGAUGUUUUGAACUGCUCCCAACAUAA